GAAACGGGAACAAAAAAAGGACCGACACAAAAAACGCUACAAUUCACAUUUUCUCCCCUUUCGUCUUCCUUGCUUCCCCCAAUUUAGGGUUUCAGGAAGCCCAGAGUCAUGGCCGAAGUCAUUAACAUGCCCGUCGACUCCGUCGACCGCCGGGACGGCGGCAAGGAGAAGUCAGGCGACGAGGAUCCCCAAUCGUCGCCCCCGCCCCCUCCUCCUCCUAUGCCUCCGCGUCGUCGUGACAGCGACUCCCGUGAGCGCAGGGACGACAGGGACAUCGACCGCCCUCCCAAUCGACGAGGAGGAGGCGGCGAUUAUUACGACCGGAAUCGGUCACCUCCGCCUCCGCCUAGGGACAGGGAGAGAGAUUACAAGAGGAGGAACAGUUUGAGCCCCCCGCCGAUUCCGUAUAGGGAUAGGAGGCAUUCCCCGCCGCCGCGUAGGUCUCCGCCGUACAAGAGGACGAGAAGGGAGGAUGGCGGUUACAACGGGAGGAGAGGCGGAAGGUGAGUGUAAUUAGUCCGUGAUCCAUUGAUGGUGAUAUGGUUUUCCAUCGAGGAAUUCAUCCAACUUGCGGAGAAUUCGAGCUGAUAACACAUAGAUAUCCGGUUUGUUCGAAACUGUGUCACUGGUAGAGAGUGCGAUUAGAACUGUGACAUUGAGCUGAUGGCAAGUAGAUAUACCGUUUCUACAAUAUGGUUGCUCUUAGAGUUCAGUCUUCACUUGUUCUUGUAGGCCAUCUGGAUGUAGCCUGUAUCUAUGCCUUCCUUCUUUUGUCUUGUAAUAAUAAUGGAAUAGAAAUUCCAGCACAGAAGCUAACUCCUUUGUGUAACAAAUGCUUCUCUAUCUAUGGAUACUUGGGGCAAGCCUUCGCAUGCUAUAGGCUAUAGCUUUUUAGUAAUCUGUUAACUACUGUGCAAUGUAUUUCGACAAUUUGUGUUUCAACCUAGAUAAAGGCAUCCUUGUUCAUUCCCCUGCAGGCCUGGAUAUGAAUUUGGUGGUGGAUAUGAUCGAGAGAUGGGUGGAAGGCCUGGGUACGGUGAUGAGCGGCCUCAUGGUCGGUACAUGGGUGGUCGUGGUGGAUAUCAAGACUGGGAUGCAGGUCGGGGUGGUUUCGGUGAUGCUUCCAAUGCUGGGUCUACUCAAAGAGAAGGUUUGAUGUCAUACAAACAAUUCAUUCAGGAGCUUGAAGAUGACAUACUUCCUGCUGAAGCUGAACGCAGAUAUCAAGAAUACAAGUCAGAGUACAUAUCAACUCAGAAAAGAGUAUUUUUUGAUGCUCACAAAGAUGAGGAAUGGUUAAAAGAUAAAUACCAUCCCACCAAUCUUGUGACAGUCAUUGAAAGGAGGAAUGAACUUGUCCGCAAAGCUGCCAAGGAAUUUUUGCUUGAUCUGCAAAGUGGGACAUUGGACAUAGGUCCUGGUGUAAGUGCUUUGCCCCCAAGUAAGACUGGACAGACCACCAGCAACCCAAAUUCUGAUGACGAAGGAGAUACUGGGGGCAAAAGAAAGCGAAAUGGAAGGGCACCUGGAAAACAAUCUGAUGUGCUUUCAGCAGCUCCGAAGGCCCACUCAAUUAGUUCGGAUCCCAGAAGAAUUCAGGUUGAUGUUGAACAAGCACAAGCUCUUGUUCGCAAGCUUGAUUCUGAAAAGGGAGUUGCUGAGAAUGUUUUAGCUGGUUCUGAGAGUGAUAAAACAAACCGAGAGAAAUCUCAUGGCGACUCCACUGGCCCUGUUAUCAUUAUACGAGGGUUGGCCUCUGUUAAGGGAUUAGAGGGGACUGAACUAUUGGACACUCUUCUGACUUAUCUUUGGCGGAUUCAUGGUGUGGACUACUAUGGGAUGCUUGAAACAAGUGAACCUAAAGGUCUAAGGCACAUUAGGGCAGAGGGAAAGACUUCUGAUUCUGAAAGUGGAGGACCUGAGUGGGAGAAGAAGCUUGAUUCCCGUUGGCAAGAAAGGCUCAGGGGACAGGAUCCGCUGGAAACAAUGACAGCUAAGGAGAAGAUCGAUGCUGCAGCUGUUGAAAAUUUGGAUCCUUAUGUGAGGAAAAUCAGGGAUGAGAAGUAUGGAUGGAAAUAUGGUUGCGGAGCAAAGGGUUGCACAAAACUAUUUCACGCUGCUGAAUUUGUGCACAAGCAUCUGAAACUUAAGCAUACGGAAGUUAUCUUAGAGCUGACAUCCAAAGUGAGGGAGGAGCUUUAUUUCGAAAACUACAUGAAUGAUCCAAAUGCACCCGGUGGCACUCCUGUUAUGCAACGGCCUCAACUGAGAGACCGACCAAUGCGGAAGAGGUUAGGUAUUCAAAGCCGAUUGAAGGACGACCGUGGGAACAGGAGAGAACUUGACAAUCAAGCAAAUGGUGGUGAAAGAUAUGAUCGACCCGAAAACCCACAAUCAGGGGAGUUCCAGUCCAAUAACAACGAUGGUCCUGAUGGUGGGAAUGGCGAUGAACAGAUGUAUGAUAGUUUUGGUGCACAAGGUGGAGGGAUUCAUCCAUUCCCCUCCGACAUCCCCCCACCACCCGUCUUAAUGCCUGUUCCUGGUGCUGGUCCUCUGGGUCCUUUUGUACCUGCACCUCCUGAGGUUGCCAUGCGAAUGUUCAGAGAACAAGGCGGUCCUCCUCCAUUUGAAGGUGGUGGUGGCGGUAGGAAUGCAAGACCUGGGCCUCAAUUAGGGGGGCAAGCUCCUAUACUUCUAUCUUCAGCCUUUCGGCAGGAUCCAAGGCGUAUUCGCAGUUACCAAGACCUAGAUGCACCAGAAGAUGAAGUUACUGUGAUAGACUACAGGAGUUUGUAGAGGCUUGCGUAUCGGGUGCAGAGAGAUCUCUCAGCAAGGACCUUUCUUUUUCUGGUUGCCAAGACAUUAGCUUUACUCGAGCAACAUGCUGCGAGAAUAGACCUCCAGUAGCCUACCCUCAGGAGUUUUAUUAGCUAUCGAGGACCUUCUUUUGUGUCAGAUGGAUGGUGGCUGGGCUAAUGUUAGCCGUGGCGGUCUUAUUUACUGUAGGUUGUACGGGAAAGCGACUGGAAGUGACAUAGUGCAGGAUUUUUGUCUCUCGUCCAACUCAAUAUGCUUGAGUUUCUUGCUUUCAUUUGUGUUAGUCUGUAAUCUAGAGCCAUGACGAAACCAAUUGAAGGUUGUUGACAUAAUGUGAUUUUGUGCAAACUGGGACAGACAAAUUUGUUACAUGGUUCUCGUUAAGCAUAUUGACAUUUGCUGG